GGGGAUGAGGGUGUACUUUCCUCUGCCCCGUGCGUAUAUGUCUAAGAAUAUGUGGAUAUGUUUAGUUGCUUUUCUUUCCAGAAUUCCUAGGCAACGCACUCCCGAGGUGUAUAUCCAAGGUGAGGUGUUUGUGGGGGAGCUUCAGGCGCUACUCGCGAGGCGCCCUCACGUGAUCCCGGGAUGAGGUGGAGUUAGGCUUUCAGGGGGCGUCUCUUCCUAUCUUCAUCAAUCUUUAGGAUUUGAGCAGGAGAAAUAACAGCAGAUCUUUUCUCCCUCAUCUCCUUCCUUCCAUUGCCACCCCUCUAGCUUUAAUAAAUAGAGGCGAAAAAGACGAAUCCGACAGAGGAUUUUUCAAUUCAAGGGAAUGAAGAAUUCAGAAUAACUUUGCUACAUGGAUUCCAAUAUGGGGAAUAAGAACAAGCUGAAUAUUUGACCUGCUUUGAAGAAACAUACUGUCGAUUUGUCUAAAGUAAUCUAUAACAACCAAACCAGUCAAAAUGAAUGCAACAUUAUUUUCCCAGGUUGAAAAUCAUUCAAUAUACUAUAAUUUUUCAGAGAAGAAUUCCCAGUUUUUGGCUUUUGAAAAUGAUGAUUGUCAUCUGCCCUUGGCCAUGAUAUUUACAUUAGCUCUUGCUUAUGGAGCUGUGAUAAUCCUUGGGGUCUCUGGAAACCUGGCUUUGAUCAUAAUCAUCUUGAAACAAAAGGAGAUGAGAAAUGUUACCAACAUCCUGAUUGUGAACCUUUCCUUCUCAGACCUGCUUGUUGCCAUCAUGUGUCUCCCCUUCACAUUCGUCUACACAUUAAUGGACCACUGGGUUUUUGGUGAGACAAUGUGCAAGUUGAAUCCUUUUGUGCAAUGUGUUUCAAUCACCGUAUCCAUUUUCUCUCUGGUCCUUAUUGCUGUGGAACGGCAUCAGCUGAUAAUCAACCCACGAGGGUGGAGGCCAAAUAAUAGACAUGCUUACGUAGGUAUUGUUGUCAUUUGGGUCCUUGCUGUGGCUUCUUCUCUACCGUUCCUGAUCUAUCAAGUACUGACUGAUGAGCCGUUCCAAAAUCUAAUGCUUGAUGCAUACAAGGACAAAUACGUGUGCUUUGAUAAAUUUCCAUCGGACUCUCAUAGAUUGUCUUACACCACUCUCCUCUUGGUGCUGCAGUAUUUUGGCCCACUCUGUUUUAUAUUUAUUUGCUACUUCAAGAUAUAUAUACGCUUAAAAAGAAGAAACAACAUGAUGGACAAGAUGAGAGACAGUAAGUACAGGUCCAGUGAAACCAAAAGAAUCAACAUCAUGCUGCUCUCCAUUGUGGUAGCAUUUGCAGUCUGCUGGCUGCCUCUCACCAUCUUCAACACUGUGUUUGAUUGGAAUCAUCAGAUCAUUGCUACCUGCAACCAUAAUCUGUUAUUCCUGCUCUGCCACCUCACAGCAAUGAUAUCCACCUGUGUCAACCCUAUAUUUUAUGGAUUCCUGAACAAAAAUUUUCAGAGAGACUUGCAAUUCUUCUUUAACUUUUGUGAUUUCCGGUCUCGGGAUGAUGACUAUGAGACGAUAGCCAUGUCUACCAUGCACACAGAUGUUUCUAAGACUUCUUUAAAGCAAGCAAGCCCAGUCGCAUUUGAAAAAAUCAACAACGAUGAUAAUGAAAAAAUCUGAAUCUGCAGUAGCAUAUGGUCACUGAUGACAUCUGUUUAGAAACAAGCACAACCUGCAACAUGCUUUCAUGACCUGUUCUCCCAAGGAAUGGGGUUGAAAUCAUUGAAGAGGGACCAAGAUUUUCUUGUCUUGCUUUUUAUUGCUUUUGUUAUAGCUGUCACAAUUACAUUUGGAACAAAAUGUAUGGGCUUUGAAAUCUUCUGGUAAUAGUUUUGGCCAGACAGCCUCGAAGUGCUCUUUGUAAACUUAUGCAUAUAAUAUAAAGACUUUUAUAUUGUAUUUAUUGGAAUGAAAUUUCUUUAAAGUAUUACUAUUAACUGACUUUAGAAGCACUACAUCCGUUACUCUCAUUAGAUUGGGCCAUCCUGAUUAGAUUAGAUUGCCAAUAGAUGGGGCGAUCCUGGUGUAAUGAUAGGCAUCAUUUCAAUCUGUUACAGAGGUGACAGCAGGCAAAGGCAGCAUUCAGGAUGUGGAGCUAAAAGAGGGUCUAUGUCUUGUAUGCCUACAGUCUGAAGUCAUUCAGACGUGAUUUGUACUUUUUUUUAAAAUUUUAAGACAGGAUUUAAUUUGCUCCUAAUUGAUUAUCACUUAAAAUAAAAAUGCAUUAAAAAAUACUUCUCAGCUGUGAAUAACACAGGGAAUUGGGCCACCCACAAGAAUUAAGUGGCAAAGCAGUUUCCUAACUUCAAAAUUAUUUUGGUACCUGACAACCAAAGGAUUUCAGAGUAAUUAGCUUAAUAAAUAAAUUAUUAUUGCUGCAAAUAGUUGAAUUAUAGUCCUUUGAAUUGAUAGUCAAGAGGUUUUCCAUUUUUCACGGACUGUUCAGUGUUUGUCAAGCUUUGUGGUGUAAAAUACAUGUAAUUCAAAAGGCAUUUCCAGCUUGCAAUAUAUAAAAACACAGAGUGUAUUUUCCAUACAUCAGUGCCUAUAUAGUAACUUUUUUUAACUUUCAGUGUUGGUCUUUCAAAGAAGGACACCAAGGUACAAUGCUAAAAGAAUGUUCACCCUGGCUAGCAGGGAUAAAUACCUGAAAACCGAGAACACUUCAUAUAGCCCAUGUUAACUUGUAUAAACUGUGUGCCUUGUGGAGUCUUGUAAGUAAUGCACUCUAUAGAGCACUGAGUAGUUGUGUCACGUUAAUAUAUUUAAUUUCAUGUAUCCUGUAAUCACGAUUGAGCCUCAGAAUCAUUUGGAGAAAAGAUAUCUUAAAGAACAAGACAUAUCUUUGAUGUAUUAUACAGUCAAAGUAUUAAAUGUUUGAUUUUAGAAGAGCAGACAUUUUCUUUAUUAAAAUUGUUUUUGCUUUUUC